AUGGCUCUGUGGCAUAUGGAUGGUCAUCACAAGCUUGUAAGUGGUGACUUUAAUUUCAAUGCCAUCACCUUCUGGUGGGGCUUUGUCACACAUGCUGCUAUUGAUGGUUACAGCAGGAAAAUCAUGUAUCUUCGCUGCAGUACCAAUAACAAGGCAGACACUGUGUUAAGGGCAUUUCUGGAAGCUGUGGAAAACUUUGGACUCCCUUCUCGCAUACGAGCUGAUCAAGGAGUAGAAAAUGAAGAUGUGGCCAGGUUUAUGUUUCACCAUCCUUUGAGAGGACCAGACAGAGGAAGCUUUACAUCAGGAAAGGGUGUCCGUAACCAAAGAAUUGAGCGGCUAUGCCGUGACUUGUAUGUUGGUGUUAUUUACAUCUACUAUGAAGCAUUCAGGUACUUUGAGGAACAGGGCCUUCUCCAAAUAGACAAUGAAAUUCAUUUGUACUGCUUACAUUACGUUUUUCAACCACGCAUUAAUCGACACCUAGAAGAUUUUCGCAGUGGACGGGAUUGUCACCCUCUUUCAACUGAGAGAAACCGAUCUCCAAACCAGCUUUGGAUUGAAGGGCCGAUGAGAAGUGAAAACCCUCUAAUAGGUCAAGAUGUUACUUUGUAUGUAAAGGCUGAGAUAGAUUCCUAUGGCAUUGAUAUGGAAGGACCAGUCCCCUUUACAACUGGCAGCAGAGAUCUUUUGGAAAUUCCACCAAUAUACUGUCCCUUACAUGACACAGAAAGCAAUGACAUGAAUCAGUUCAUUGAUCCACUGUCGCACAGUGACUGUUUUGGAAUAGACAUCUACAUUAGAUGUGUCUCCUUUGCUGGAGGCAGACUAGCAUUAAGUAAUUAG